AAAGAGUUUUUUUUUAAUAUUUAAAUUUAAAAAAUAAAUAAAUAUAAAUUUCGGUAAACUGUCAUUUUGUAUUUGAAACAAGAUGGCGACGUGUGCGAUGCGCACGGGAUGGCUUGCAUCGGCAGGAACGUCGAAAUACUCAUCAAUCUGCCCAAAAAUCUUGCAAAGUGCUCUUGUCCACCCCAAUGCGCUGAACUCAACUACUAUUCUCACACAAAAAAGGUCCUUGUUCGUGUUACCUAUCGGUAUCGAUGUCGGAAUACUCGGAGUUACGGCAUAUUUUAUAACAAGGUUAAAGAAAGCAGACCCUAUUAAUGUGGAACAGAUAUUUGGUCCUGACCCGUGGAGUAAGGAAAGUGAAUUACAUCCAGAAAAGGUAGUGAAGUGUAUCGCUCAUAGAGGGGCAAGUUUAGAUGCUCCGGAGAAUACUAUGCAGGCUUUUAAAUACUGUGUAGCGAGAGAUUGCAACUUUGUGGAGCUGGAUGUCCGAUCUUCUCGUGAUGGUCAUCUGGUGCUCCUCCAUGAUGAAGGUCUGGGUCGGCUGACUGGUACUGAAAUCAACAAUGUCCAUGUCAUGGACUGGGACGAGAUUAAGAAUGUUGAUAUUGGAGCCAAUCAUCCAAAUAGGCAUCAGUUUAAGGAAGUACACCUCUGUUUAUUGGAUGAUGCACUCAAAUAUCUACUGGCCAAUGAUGUUAGAGUGAUCAUAGACGUCAAGGGUGAAGACAAGGAGGUGGUCCAAGGUAUAGUGAAGGCGUUCUCCGAGCAGCCGAAUCUGCACCAACGCGCGGUGGUCACAAGCUUCAAUCCUUUCGUUUUGUAUAGGAUUAGGCACAAAAAUCCAAAGAUUGUAGGCGCAAUGAGUUAUCGUCCGUAUUGCUUUAGUGCUCAAGAUUAUGACGCUGCGACUGGACCUAGUAAUCUUAGGUUCGGCGGCAGCGCGGUGGUGCAGGGCGCGCUGCGGCUGGCGGACUGGGUGCACGCGCGCGCGUGGCGGCUCUGCGCGCGCUGGUGCGGCGUCAGCGCGGUGCUGCUGCAUAAGGACAUCGUGCACCCUAGGGAGGUGCAGUACUGGCGGGCGCGCGGCGUGCGCUGCGCCGGCUGGUCCGUCAACCGGCCGCUGGAGAAGCUGUACUGGCGCGGCGUGCUGCGCGCGCCCUACCUCGCCAGCACGCUGCUCGGCGAGCCCGAGGUAGAUGACCAACGUCGAGUCGAAAAGCGAGCCAUUAAAGAGGUCGAGUAAACCGCUCCUAAACUCGAAUUGUAUUUGAAAUGUUUUUUUUUAUAGUUUUGGUGUGUUCGUUAUGCGGUACAAUUUUGUGCAAUAAUUUAAAAGAAAAUUAUCUGUUUUGUCCAAAGAGUUUAUUUUUUUUAAAUCCAGUCUAGUCUGACAAAGUAUAAUCUAUGACAUUUGAAA